AUGGAGAGAGAAAACGGGUAUAUGGCAACAUCCACCGACCAUACACAUAAUACCGGAGAUGGAGAACAAUGUACCUUAUCUCCACUAGUCUAUGAGUUUUCUUAUUCUCCAAGUGAAAACCGGGUCAUCGAAUAUUUGGACAAUAUGUCUGAUAGCGGAGUUGAAGAGCUACAUAUUGCAGUGGACCGUGAGCAUGGCGCGGGAGAGGGAAUAUCAGCUGUAUUAGACCCAUAUCCUAUUGGCAGAACUUCAAGAGGAAGAGUAGACGUUAGUCAUGGGUUUUUCAAUGAGUAUCUGUACGAAAGCCACGAGCACGGGGCCAACAAACUCCUAAAGGCAUAUAGAGUCAUGUGUGGGUUUGAGAUAUGUCUACUUGAGCAGAACAAUGAGGAAAAAGUAGGGUACUUAAAGUCGAACCUGUUUGGGACAAAGUACAUUUUUUAUCAGGGGGAAAAGGCAGUUUUGGAGAUCAGAUAUGCAACAUCUAUAUUUAAAAGAAGAGGCCCAAGGUCGUUUUCGGUGAUGUUUAUGGGGAUACUGGGAUCAUCCUUAAACGAGCCUGUUGUGAUGAAGAACAAGGAGCCUUACUACAAUGCCGAAACCAACAGCUACUCCUUGAAUUUUAAUGGGCGAGUAACCACGCCUUCCGUGAAGAACUUCCAGCUUAUACACCCCCUUGAGCCGACAUAUGUGACACUGACAUUUGGGAAGGUCUCAAGGUUCAAGUACAUACUUGACUACACAUAUCCCUGGUCUGGAGUGCAGGCCUUUGCAAUAGCGCUUGCAGCACUGGACUAUAAGGUUGGAUGUGAUUGA